AUUGCUGUAUUGGAUAGCAGUUCGAUCGCACUCAUUCGCAAUCGCAUUCGCAUCAGUUGGAUUACAUUUGACGAAGGAAACGCCUUAGCCAUAUUAUUUGGAUUUAUUCACCAAAAGUGAAAUCUGUGCAAGUGAAAGUGAUAAACAAAAGAAGCUCCUUAAAAGACAUUUCCAAAGACACUAUCUUCGAUAAGCAAAAGUGAUUAAAACCCAAUCAAGUGCAAUGGCAAACAAUAUGGUCUUAAAGAAGGAUAAGAAAUAUUCCAGAUCCCGCCCCGAUACGGAUGGCGAUGAUAUUGUCAUUUCCGGAAUGGCUGGCAAGUUUCCAAACUCGAAAAAUAUUUCCGAAUACGAGUACAAUCUCUACAACAAGGUGGAUAUGGUGGAUGACGAUGAGCGUCGCUGGCGCCACUUUAACCCAGAGAUUCCCAAGCGUUCAGGUAAAAUCAAUGGACUGGAGAAGUUCGAUGCCACCUUCUUCGGUGUGCACUUCAAGCAGGCGCAUACAAUGGAUCCUCAGACCAGAAUAUUGAUAGAGACUGCCUAUGAGGCGGUCAUCGAUGCUGGUAUCAAUCCCAAGAGUCUGCGUGGCACCAAGACUGGCGUCUAUAUUGGAUCCUGCAUCUCAGAGUCGGAGAAGACCUGGUUCUAUGAGAAGGUGUCAUCAGGCGGCUUUGGCAUCACUGGCUGCAGUCGUGCAAUGAUGGCCAACAGGAUCUCAUACUGUUUGGGUUUGGAAGGACCUUCAUUCCUGCUGGACACCGCUUGCUCUAGUUCGAUGUAUGCCUUAGACAAUGCAUUUAGUGCGAUUCGAAAUGGCGAAAUCGAUGCAGCAAUUAUUGGAGGAUCUAAUCUAUUACUUCAUCCAUUUGUAACGCUGCAAUUUGCAAGACUUGGUGUCUUGGCUCCCGAUGGCUUCUGCCGCCCCUUCGAUAAGGAUGCCAGUGGCUACACUCGAUCGGAGACGAUCAAUUGUCUCUUCUUGCAGAGGAAGCGCGACGCCAAACGAGUUUACGCUAGCGUUAUUUAUUCAAAGACCAACUGUGAUGGCUACAAGCCAGAAGGCAUUACUUAUCCCUCGGGCAAGGUUCAAGAGAAACUUCUAGAGGAAUUUUACAAGGAAAUCGAUCUGACCCCCAAUGAUCUGGGCUACCUGGAAGCUCAUAGCACUGGUACCGUCGUUGGUGAUCCAGAGGAAUGCAAGGCUAUCGAUAGCGUGCUCUGCAGUCAAAGAGCAGAGCCUCUUUUGGUAGGAUCUGUCAAGUCGAAUGUAGGACACUCGGAGGCUGCCUCAGGCAUUUGUUCCCUGGUCAAGGCUUGCUUUGCAUUUGAAACCGGAUUGAUAGCGCCGAAUAUUAACUUUACCGAGGUGAAGCCAUCGAUUACCGCACUUGCCGAAGGCCGUUUGAUUGUGGUCAAGGACUCGACACCGUUGCCCAAGCCCUACAUCGGCAUAAACUCCUUCGGCUUUGGCGGCGCUAAUGCUCACGCUAUUCUGAAAGCAUUUCCCAAGCCGAAGACAAACUUUGGCCUACCAGAGGAUGAUCUGCCCAGGAUUCUGACUUGGGCUGGCAGAACCGAAGAUGCCAUCAACGAGAUCUUUAAUGCCAUCGAAACAAAACCGCUGGAUGCCGAAUUCAUUGGUCUGCUGCAGAAUAUACAAGAGGAGGAUGUGUCGGGAUUGGUGUUCCGAGGCUAUGGUGUCUUCACCAAGAACGGCGUGGAACCCACGAAGGCUGUGGCCCGCGAUGUCCAGCAUUACACUGGCCUAAAGCGUCCCAUUGUCUGGGUGUACAGUGGAAUGGGUUCGCAGUGGAACGAGAUGGGCUUGUCCUUGAUGACGAUUCCCCGAUUCCGGGAAUCUGUUGAAGUUUGCCACAAGACUUUGUUGCCCAUGGGAUUGGAUCUGAUCAACAUCAUUACCUCAGAUGAUCCAGCCAUUUACCAGAACAUCCUUAACUCAUUUGUGGGCAUUGCUGCCUGCCAGAUUGGCCUGACUGAUGUUCUGCGCUCUCUUGACUUGGAACCCGAGUACAUUAUUGGUCAUUCCGUGGGUGAAUUGGGCUGUGCCUAUGCGGAUGGAGGUCUGACCGCUGAGCAAAUGAUCCUGGCUGCUUAUUACCGUGGCAAAGUCAGUGUGGAUGCGGAGAAGAUCAAGGGAUCGAUGGCUGCUGUUGGCAUUGGCUAUAAGACAAUCAAGCAGAUGCUGCCCCCAACUAUUGCGGUGGCCUGCCAUAAUGGCGCCGACUCCUGCACCAUCUCGGGACCUAUUGAGGAUGUCGCCCAGUUUGUGGCCGAACUCAAGGCCAAGGACAUCUUUGCCAAGGAAGUUCCCUGCUCAAACAUUGCCUAUCACUCUCACUACAUUGCUCAGAUGGGCCCGCCAUUGCUGGCUUACAUGAAGGAAACCAUUCCUAACCCGAAACCAAGGACUUCCAGAUGGCUGAGCACCAGUGUACCCAAGAGCGAAUGGGAGCAGCCCGAGCGGAAGAUUUGCUCCGCCGAAUACCACACGAAUAACCUGCUGAAUUCUGUGCUCUUUGAAGAGACCUUCGCUCUGCUGCCCAAGAAUGCACUGACCAUUGAAAUAGCUCCUCAUGGUCUGUUGGGUGCCAUUCUCAAACGUUCCAUGCCCGGUGGCGUGCACAUUCCUCUGACGCAUCGCGGAAACAAGAACAACGCACUGUUCUUCAUGACAGCGUUGGGCAAACUCUAUCAGAAUGGCGUCAUGGUGCCCGUGUCCAAGUUGUACCCCAAGGUCGACUUCCCAGUCUCACGUUCCACGCCAAGCAUCAGUUCCCUUAUCCGCUGGGAUCACAGCGAGGACUGGUUUGUCACCAAGUAUGAAAACAUGAAGACCAAAUCGAGUGGCGAACGCGUUUUCCCCAUUAACCUCGCCAGCGACAACGAGGAGUUCAUGAGCGGUCACGUCAUUGAUGGCAAGAUCCUUGUACCCGCCACCUGCUACCUGCAGUAUGUCUGGGAAACUUUCUCCUUGAUGUAUCACGGUCCCAGCUAUAUGGACGUGCCCGUCGAAUUCGAGGAAGUGCAAUUCCUGAGGGCUACCAACAUGUCAGUGAACGGCGAGGUUGAACUAAACGUGAUGAUUCACUACGGCACAGGACACUUUGAGAUUACCGAAGGAGGCAGCUUGGUGGUUACAGGCAAGAUCAGGGAGAUUGAAAGCCCAACCAUACCGGAAGUAUAUCACUUCAAGCAAGAUUCGGACUUCCCAAUGGUCUCCAAGAAGGACUUCUACAAGGAACUUAAGCUGCGUGGCUAUCAUUACAAUGGUGCCUUCCGCGCUGUGAAGAGCGCACGCUCCGAUGGACUCUACGGCCAAGUCGAGUGGAACUACAACUGGGUAACUUUCAUGGAUGCAAUGUUGCAGAUCCAGAUUCUGGGAACAGAUUCCCGUUCGUUGUUGUUGCCCACUAAGAUUCGUAAGCUGCGCAUUAAUGGCGUGCAUCACUUCGAUCUGAUGACCAAAAUGGACCCCGAAAAUCGUGUCUUUGAUGUCUAUGUUGAUCACAAGUAUGAUCGCAUUGUUGCUGGAGGCAUUGAGCUGACUGGUCUCCAUGCAAGCCCAGUACAAAGACGUCGUCCUCCUGGCAUUCCAGUGCUGGAGAAAUACGAAUUCAUUCCCUAUCUACCAGCUCCGGAAUUAUCUCCAUCGAAUGCCGCUCGUCUCUGUGUGCAACUAGCUCUGGAGAACAUUGCAGUAAUGAAGGUCAAACUAGUGGAAGUGGACACUGAUGGCAGAGACACUGUGUUAGGCAAGUUCACCGAGGCGAUCGAAGAUUUGCCAGUCAUUACCGGCGAAUACAUGUACCUCACUGACAGAAAGAUAGAGGAAAUACCCGCCAUUCACGUAGAGAACGGCAAAUUGUCGACACUCUCAAAUUACCACUUUGUGGUAGCAGGAGGCAUCUGUGGCGAGCUCAACGAGGAUGUGAUUCAGAAUGCUCAGAAGGUGCUGGUGGACAAUGGUUACCUGUUGAUCCGAGAACGUCCCACAACGAACCUGGCCAACCUGAAGUUGCCUGAGCAAUUCCGUCUCAUUACUGUGAUUCCACUCGACAACAACGAGGAAGUCUAUUUGCUGCUGCAGAAAAUCUCUAAGAAACUACAGAUCCAACCAACCGUGGUCAAGGUAUCCGACAAUGAUUCCAGCUUCGAGUGGCUCAAUCAGGUGCAGUCUGCCAUCAGCAUAAAGAGCCCUGUCGUUGCCUACGCCUUUAAGGAGAAGCUUAAUGGAUUGGUUGGUUUAGUCAACUGUCUACGCAAGGAGCCCGAUGGUAACCUGGUUACGUGCUUCUACAUCGAUGAUCCGCGUGCACCCGAGUUCGAUCUCGCAGAUCCAUUCUAUGCGUCGCAGUACUCACUGGGCUUGGCCUUCAACAUCUAUCGUAAUGGCACCUGGGGCAGUCUCAGACAUCUACAGCUGCCAGCGGUCGACGAACUGAAGCCCAGAGUAGAUCACAUCUAUGGCAACGUGAUGCAGCGCGGCGAUCUUUCCUCACUGCGGUGGUUCGAGGGACCUUUAGCGCCCGAGGAUUGCAUGAUAAAAAUCGCCUACUCCUCGCUGAACUUUAGGGACGUGAUGCUUGCCACUGGCCGUUUGGCUGUCGAGCUCUAUGGCAGCAAUCGUAUAGAUCAGAGUUGCGUGCUUGGCUUCGAAUAUUCGGGCAUCAAUACGCAAACAGGUCGACGCAUCAUGAGUAUGGUGGUUAAGGGUGGCGUCGCUUCUUAUGUGGAAAAGCCGUCAAAGCUCAUCUGGGACAUUCCCGACCAUUGGUCUCUGCAAGAGGCAGCCACCGUUCCCGUUGUCUACAUCACAGUUUACUAUGCCUUCUUUAUGGCCACUGACAUUCGCAAGGGAAAGAGCAUUCUUAUACACGCCGGAACCGGAGGAAUCGGGUUGGCUGCAAUUCGCGUGGCCUUAGCCUACAACCUGGAGGUGUUUACCACUUGCAGUACUCCACAGAAGAAGCAGUUCUUGCUCGACACCUUCCCUCAGCUUAAGGAGUCGAACAUUGGCAAUUCCCGUGACACUUCAUUUGAGCGCAUGAUACAGCGAGAGACCGAUGGCAAGGGAGUUGACUUUGUGCUGAACUCGCUCUCUGAGGACAAGCUGCUGGCAUCUGUGCGGUGCUUGGGACAAUCGGGCCACUUCCUCGAGAUUGGCAAAUUUGAUAUGGCUAACGACAGCAAACUCGGCUUGGGCGCCUUCCUCAAAGAACUUACCUUCCACGCCGUCUUGGCCGACAGCCUUUUGGUGGCAUCUGAUGAAGACAUUUGGCACUUGAAGAACCUCAUUGACUUGGAUAUUGCCAGUGGCAUCAUCCAGCCGCUGCCAGUCACCGUCUUCCCUGCCCACGAAAUCGAGCAAGCCUUCCGACACCUCAUAGGUGGCAAGCACAUUGGCAAGGUUAUCAUCAAGGUGUGCGAAACUCCCGAGGCUCCCGAGACACUUCCUGUGCGUGUACUCAGCCAAGUCUACUUCAAGCCACACAUGAGUUACGUUAUUCCCGGUGGACUGGGUGGUUUUGGCAUGGAGCUGGCUGAUUGGAUGGCGCUGCGAGGUGCUCGCAAGCUGGUGCUUAGCUCCAGUCGUGGCAUAAGCAAGGAUUAUCAGUCCUACAGAAUUGCUCUUUGGAAGACCUAUGGCUGCGAUGUGGUGGUCAACACAGCUGACAUUUCCACAUUGGAAGGUUGUCGCCAUCUACUACAAGAUGCAGCCAAGCUGGGUCCAGUCGGUGGCAUCUUCAACCUGGCUGUUGCUCUGCGAGACGGCAUCUUUGCCAAUCAAACUGCCGAGCAGUUCGUAGAGAGCUUCUCACCCAAAGCAGUGGCCACCAAUCACUUGGAUGUCUUAUCCCGCCAACUGUGUCCGCAUCUUGAACACUUUGUAGUCUUCUCCAGCGUUUCCUGCGGUCGUGGCAAUGCUGGACAAACCAACUAUGGCAUGGCCAACUCUGUGAUGGAGCGCAUCAUUGAAGGACGCUACAGGGAUGGACUGCCAGCCAAGGCUAUUCAAUGGGGCGCUGUUGGUGAAGUUGGACUUGUGGCUGAUAUGGCAGAGGAUAAGAUUGACAUGGAAAUUGGAGGCACACUCCAGCAGCGCAUCUCAUCCUGCCUCCAGGAAUUGGAUACCUUGCUCACAGCCAAAGCAGCGAUUGUGGCCAGCAUGGUGGUUGCUGAGAAGCGUUCGGGUCGUUCUGGAAACGAAAGUAUUAUCGAUACAGUGAUGAAUAUCAUGGGCAUUAGGGAUCUUAAGUCGGUUUCCCUGGGCACCACCCUCUCCGAGAUGGGCAUGGACUCACUCAUGGCUGUGGAGAUAAAGCAAACUCUUGAACGCGACUUUGAGUUGGUCCUCACACCUCAAGAUCUGCGAGCACUCACCUUCCAAAAGCUGCAGGAAUAUGUCGAAGCCAGGGAGAAGGACAACACUGAUGCCGUAAAGAUGAUAUUCGCAUCCGAGGGCAAGCUCUUGGGCAUGGAUCUGCUGCUACGCAAUCUGGGCGAUGAAUCUCACUGUGAUCAAAUCAUGUUUGCCCUCAAAACAAAUGCGGCGCCUUCAAAGCAAAGCGUGCCGCCCAACAUAAUCAUUCCUGGUAUGGAGGGCACAGCAGGUCAAGCUUGGUACAACAUUGGCUCAAGCUUACAGAGCAGAGCGAAUGUGCUGCAAUUGCAUCAGUUUGCUGGCCUGGAAACAGUCAGCGAGAUCGCACAGCAAGCUCUGGAGCACGUGAAAGCGCAGCUGAAGCCAUCAGAUCCCUUCUACCUCAUUGGCUACUCAUACGGCUCCUUUGUGGCCCUGCAGCUGGCUGCACUCCUUGAGAACCUUGGCUUCCGUGGCCAUGUCAUGCUCAUCGAUGGUGCGCCGCAUUUCCUUAAAAGACUAACAAAUCUCCACCUGGGCGAGAACUUCUCAGACAACGAUCUCUAUGACCUGCUCUUCUCGAGCAUUGUCAACCAAAUCUUCCCCGAGGAGACCAAGGAGUCGGCGGCCGUCAUCUUCCACAAGCUCGACACGCUGCAGGAGAAAAUGGAUCUGUUCAUGGAGUAUGUGGACAAGCAGAGCGCCUACAGCAAGGAUUACUCCCGCACCAUGGUCGAGGCCAUGUUCCGCAGAGUGAAAAUGGCAGCCAACUUUGACUUGGACAGCGUAAAAGACUUGAAGUCACCUAUUACGUUGGUGCGACCCGCAGAGGUCUCGUUGCAGGAUAUCGAGGAGGACUAUUGCGUGUCGCAGCUGACAUCGGGCAAGGUGACGCUCAAAGUGAUCGAGGGCAAUCACACAACCAUGCUGGAUAAUCCCGUGCUUCCACAGCUGAUCAAUGACUUUGAUCCUGGUCUGCUGGACGACAAGAACUUUGAAGAGUACAUUCGAGACUCGAAGGCAGUCGCCGUGGUCUAAACCAACUUAAUUAUUCUAUACUAUAUCCUAUGAAUAACCAGCUAACCACUUAAUCUUAAUCUUUAAUCCAACCUACACUUGCACUAAUCCAGUUUCCUAAAUAAUAAAAACAAACAUUUUAUUUAACACCAAACCUAACUGUAGUCUGAC